AGAAAGGGCGUCCCUUGUUGGAAUAAGCUCUGAUUAGUUGCUCUCUGAUUAUGUUCCAGCCAAAGAGAAAGGAACCCUCCCCCAGCCUUAUUAAUCUUCAAAUAAGUUCCCCACCAGCCAUUUUCCUGAACAUAUAGACAACAAAGGUGCCCUCAGCCCAAGGAAUGUCUGAGACUCCUAGAAUGUGUGUAUGCCAGUCUCCAGCUUCACAUCCAGCUUGCCUAACAACAGAUGGCUCUUGUGGAAAAUUUGCAAGCAUCCAUGACACAACUGUCUCCUGGGAGGGGAAGCAAGAACUCUUUCUCUUCUCUCCCAGCCUUAUCCUGCAAUCUGUUGUUAAGUCACUUGCCCCAGUUCAGUAA